AGAGGAGGCGUUCUUUAACAGAGAGAGGGAGAGGAGAGGAGAGCUAAAUAGUUGUUUUCUAACUCCAUGUGGCUCACACUGAGAGGUGUCUUUCCUAAAGUGAGGGAAUAUUGUAUUUAUUUUCUCACACUGGAUCAUACGGAAUUAAAACCUUGUUAAACUGGGAUUUUCUUCAAUCUGAAUUCAACUGUAAAACAGAUUUAAUCUGAGACUGAUUCUUCUUGUGUGACUAGUUUUAUUAGGAUCCUACUAGUUGUCUGGUGUGGAUAUAAUACCAGUCUGUCUUUGAGAUGGGGUCCAGAACUCUUCUACUUAUUCUGGGUCUUCAUUUCAGUUUACUGGGGAACCUAGAGGCCAGAGAUUGCGGCCUGGGCUUCAUAGCCAAAACAAGAACACUGUGUGUUCAUACAGAUGAGUGUAAAGAGUGGGACAGUACCCCACCCUGUGGAAGUAAUACCACAUGUUACAACACAUAUGGAAGCUUCUACUGUCACUGUCUACCUGGGUUCAUAUUCACAACGACUGUCAACUUUACUGCUCUCACUGGAGCGUGUAAGGUAAUGACCUGUGACCAGGUCAAAGAGGAUCAGACUCCUGGACAGACUGUCCCAGGUUUAUCUGGUCUCCUGUCUCUGAUGAGGAAAAGCUGUCUGGCGUUAAGUAACUCUGGAGACGCAGCCGGAGGGAGACUGACUGGAGAGAUCCUACUGGAGAAUGUAUUCACAGAGAUAGACAGUCUCCUGUCUCAAGGUAUCCUAAGCAACAGCCGGGAGGUGAGUGGGUUGCUAGGCGCCGUGGAGGACACCUUGAUGCUCAUCGGGCCACAGCUCAGAGACACCCACACCACCAUGGAAACAGACCACACAGAGGCAGAGCUAGCAGUGAGGAGGGGACAGACUCCGCCCAUUGGGCCAAUCAGCCUGGCCAAUGACAACGCUCGACUCGACACCAGAUGGGAGACAGCCACCGGCAACGGGACGUACCCAGGUUUCACUCUGGCUGGGUUGGUGUGUUACAAGACAUUGGAGAUAUCUGUCAACAACUCCUUCCAGUACCUCACUGACACUGACACAAACACAGAUACCACCACAGCAUCAAAGCCAAGCUACCAGAUCAGUUCCAAGGUGGUAACAGCUCUCGUCAGUAACCCAGCAACAGAACACCUCACUCAGCCUGUCAUCCUCACCUUCAAACAUCUACAGGUGAGGGUGGAGUCAUCAGAAAUUAACUAUACCUGUGUGUUCUGGUCGGAGGGGCGUGUCCAGGAAGAGGGAGGGGCGUGGUCAAGGCGUGGCUGUACCAAAGUCACGUCUAACGCUACACACACCGUGUGUUCCUGUACCCACCUUAGCAGCUUCGCUGUUCUCAUGGCCCUCUACCCUGUACAGAACACCUUUGAGCUGCGUCUGUUGACGUGGCUGGGUCUGUCGGUGUCUGUGGUGUGUCUGUUGUUGUGCAUCCUGACCUUCUGGUUGUGUCGGUCCAUCCAGGGGACACGCACCACCAUCCACCUCCACCUCUGUGUCUGCCUCUUCAUUGCUGACCUCGUCUUCCUCAGCGGCAUCUCUCACACACAGAGCAAGGGAGGAUGUAGGGUUGUAGCCGGUCUCCUCCACCUGUUCUUUCUAGGAUCCUUCAGUUGGAUGUUGUUAGAGGGGGUUCAGCUCUACCUCAUGGUGGUCCUGGUCUUCAACACAACCAUAAGACCUCUGUACCUGUAUGCUGUGGGAUAUGGACUGCCACUGGCUAUAGUCAUCAUCUCUGCUAUCACCUACCCAGAUGGAUAUGGUACCACACAACACUGUUGGUUGUCUCUGGAGAGAGGAUUCAUCUGGAGUUUCUUUGGCCCAGUGUGCACCAUCAUCAUCCUCAACACUUUCUUCUUCAUCAUCACUGUCUGGAGGCUGGCCCAGAAGUUCUCUAGUCUCAACCCUGACCUCUCCAACCUACGCAAGAUCAAGGUGUUCACAGUGACAGCAGUGGCCCAGCUGUGUGUGUUGGGUACUAUGUGGAUAUUUGGAGUGUUCCAGUUCCAAGAGGAGGGGACAGUGGUCAUGACAUAUCUCUUCACUAUCCUCAACUCUCUACAGGGAGCUCUGCUGUUCAUCAUGCACUGCCUACUGAACAAAACGGUGAGAGAGGAGUAUUGCAAGCUGCUGUCCUGUAUCUGCACACCACUGAAGAAGAGAUACUCAGAAGUCAGCACUACCAACCCUUCCUCCAGCCAAUCCCAGGGGUCAGAAAAACAUGAGGGAGUCGCAGAUAUGACGUCACCAAACCCCCAUAAUGCACCUCUUUACCCCUCCUCUCAUGACAAAGGUUUCCACUAGAUGGCCAAACUGUAAAGUCAAAAUGGUCGAUAUCGUAAACAUUUAUGAAAACAAAGCUUUGCGUUUAACGGUGUGGUUAAGAUACACUGUAGAAAUGGGCAGGGUUUCUGAUUUAGCAUCUUGGCCAGAUAGUGACAACCCAGAAACACUAUUCAGGCCAGGUUAGUAGAAAUGUGUCCAACUAGCCUGCCGGAUAGUAAAAAUUUUAGUCCACUAGCCAAGUUGGCCAGUGCCCAAAAUCCUUCAGUUCCAUCCCUGAUUAGACACUUCAUAUCAAACUUGAUGUUAACCACUGUCUUAUCAAGCAUUAGGUUAUCCAAUCAGAAGUUAUGUGAUCUUCAUGUCAUCCAAUAUUAAUCCAUAUCCUCUUUAUGUCAUUUUUACAGCCACAAAAGAUCGGUUCAAUUUUACACCACUUCGUCAAAUAGACAGAUGAAACCAUAAUCAUAAACAGAGGGUUUCUUCCUUUACAUGAAUGUGAUAGAUUUAUAGUAAUAUUUAUUACCAAGAGCACAAGAUAUGGUGACUUUUCUACACAAAUAAAUCCAGGGGAUUUAGAAAAACAUUAUGUGAAGAUAUGUGUUAGUUGUGACCUAAUGUUAUACUGUAAAUGUGUAUUUUUCUUAAUAAUGAAUGACACAAAUAUACAUUUUCACAAAGUCUGCUGCGUCAGUUUGUCUGAUGGCAAUUUGCAUAUACUCCAGAAUGUUAUGAAGAGUGAUCAGAUGAAUUGCAAUUAAU